GGGAGUGCACUGUUCAGCUGAGGAAUUGGAAGUGAAACUCACAUGUAAACUGUCCAUGCAAAAAUACCCUUGCACUGGAUGGCUGGUAGCUGUACAGCUCUAAAUUCUCUGUGCCGAGAUUUUCCUCUGUCCACAGCAGUAAACGUCGAUUUAUGUGUUUUAUCACCAGUGUGCAGAGAUGGACUUGGACCGUCAAAAGCGCCAGGAGGGCAUUCAGAACGCCCUGGGAUUCAUACAGUCUUCUUUGCCUUAUCCAAAGCCUGAAGGCUAUAAGGGGUUUCUGACCAAGUUGGUGUGUAACCUGCUGGAUGAGGGAAAUGCAAUGUUCAGGGAGGGUGAGUGGCAGCAGGCCAUAAAGGACUUCAGUGAGGGUGUUAACGUGGCCCACUAUGCCCAGGCUGAGUCUCUAGAAAUCCCCUCAGCCCUGCUGGAGAGUCUGUAUUUCAACAGGGCAGCAGCCUACCACAGCAUGGGGGAGUAUGAGCAGGGUCUGCAGGACUGUGACAGUGCGCUGGCGCUGUGCAAAGACAGUUGCAGGGCACUCUACGGGAAGGCUCUAUGCCUGCGGGAGCUGGGCCGUUUCAGAGAGGCCUACAACUGCAGCACGGGCUGCCUGCUCACUACGCCUAACGACAAACAUGUGUAUGAGUUGGCACAGGAGCUAGCUAACAAACUGGGACUGAAGAUACGCAAAGCCUAUGUUAGCACACAGGAGUCGGCCACAUCUGAGCAAAGUAAUGGGAACACAGUUCCUUUUGCAGGAGAGAUGUAUGGCAGUGGUCUGGAUUCCUUAAGUGACAUCUCAUCAGUUGGUUUCUCCUGCAAGCCUCUAUCUGCCGCUAUCCCAGUUAGUGAUGAAUCCUCUCCCUCUGGUCCUCUGGUCUACUCCAAACUUCUGGGUAGCCCUGUCCAAUGCCCUCGGGGGUUGCCCUUCUCUGUGCCUGAGUCAGAGCACCUGGGUGACAGUGAGCUGAUGGGAGAUGAUCUAGACAGCCUGCUGGACUGUAUUCCCCCUCAACGUGCCUUUCCCAUCAUCCUCCCCAGCUUAGCUUGUGUCCCCAUCCAGCUCCCGUUUCCCUCAGGCCUGCCCGCCCCCUCGCCACGGCUCCCCCCAGCCUUUUUCAACUCAGCCAUCAGCCAGCUCAACUCUCUGGACACCUUCCCAGGCAUGGGUGGGGGGGAUGCCCUAGGUGCGCUGAACUCUUUAGAUGGCCUUGAUGCACUAGACUCUCUAGAUACUUUAAACAACCUGGACACCCUUUCAGGCCUUGGUGGUGGGGAUGCCCCGUCUCCCACAACAGCACUCUAUUCACUUGAUGCCUUAGAUGCCCUGGACAGUUUCUACCCACUUGGGGGCGCAAUAGCAGCCAAACCAGUGGUGGUGGGGGGAGGGGGGCUGGACUCCCUCUCUGAGUUCAACCUGCCUGGUGCAAGAAUCUCCUACAAUGUUCUCUCUGCAACAUGUUCGCCCAAGAAGUCCAACCACACAGUGGUAAAGAAUUGCCAGGUCUCCUCCAAGCUCUCUCAGCUGAUCAAGAACCCCGUAGCAGCCACCCAUGACUUCAUGCAGGCCUGUGCCACGUGCUACAGCUGGAAAGGUCCAGGGGUCCUGGACUACCAGCACCAGGCAGAAUUGGCCCACCGUUGUAAGCGGGACAUUCUUCUGUGCAGGAUCAGGGCUUCAGAGCACCCUGUCUGGAACAGGGUGCGACCCCGCCCCACGCACAAUUUUACUGGGGCGUUUAUGCUCUGCAAGGAGGUGCUGGAGACUCAGAAGUGUAAGUACAGGGAGGGCUGUACGUUUGCCUACUGCCAGGAGGAGGUAGAUGUGUGGACCCUGGAGAGGAAGGGAGCCCUGAACAGAGAGCUGCUGUUUGACUCGCAGAGCCCCAACAAUGACAGGCCCACACUCAGCAUCACAUGCCUGCUGCAGCUCCACAACGGCAUGUUCAUGUACCUCUGUGAGGAGUGCUAUGACAGUAAGCCCAGGAUCAUCAGUAAGCACAGUAAGGAGGUGCCGUCCACCUGCUCCAACCCCUGCGCCCGACACCCAUUCGACAAAAACAAGUGCCUGGUGCAUGCGGUGAGGUCCAGCAGUGUGCACUACACUAAGAUCCGCCCGCUGUACACCCAGUGCCAGUUGGACGUGUGCCGCCAUGCCCAGCGCUACGGCUGCCAGCGAGAGGACAGCUGCUCCUUUGCCCACUCUGUCAUAGAGCUCAAAUGUUGGAGGCUGCAGAAAGACUCUGGCAUCACUCAUGAAGAAAUUGUUCAGGAAUCCAAGCGACACUGGCAUAAACAGGAGCAGAACACACACAAACCCAAGCCGGUGUACAUGCCACCACCAUCUUCAUCCUCAAGUGGUGGAGGUGGGGGAGGAGGCUAUAGCUUGAACCUGAAGAGGAAGUUUGUUUGUGGUCAGUGCUGGAGGGACGGGCUGGUCAGCGAGCCGGACAAAGCUCUUAAGUACUGUACAGCCAAGGCCAGGCACAGUUGGACGAAGGAGCGCCGGGUGCUGUUGGUGAAGUUCUUCGAGGGAAAGAAGUGGGUGAUGGUGCGGACGUUGCCUUUUGCCAAGACCUACCCCCAGCAGUAUGACAUAUGUGCCCAUGUGGUGAAGCAGAAGAAGUGCCACUACAUUGGGAACUGUGCCUUUGCCCACAGUGAAGAGGAGAAGCAAGUAUGGACUUAUAUGAAGAACAAUGGCUUGAAGGAUAUGCAGCAGAUGUACGAGAUGUGGCUUACAAUGACGAAUCAAAACCGUCCGGCGGAUGACACCCUGAUCACCCAACACAUAGAGGAGAAGCAAAUUGUCAUGCCAACCGACUAUGCCGAGCCAAUGAGCGGCUUCCACUGUCGUCUGUGUGGGAAGCAUAGUAACAGUGAGCGCCAGUGGCAGCAGCACAUCUCCUCAGAGAAACACAAGGACCGUGUAUUCAGCUGCGAGGGAGAGGACGAGAGCCUCACCUGGACAUACCGCUUCCCUGGACGCCGCCUCGCCCUUUGUCCCAGGCUGGAGAGUGGCUGUCCCGAGGGGGUGAGCUGUGACUACGCCCACAGUGUUGAGGAACUGGUGGAAUGGCAGGAGAGGCGGGAAUUCCUGCGGCGGAAGCUGGCCAAGGCCCGUGAAGACAAGCUCAUCAUGCCGGACGAGUUUGACUUUGGGAAGUACAACUUUCUCCUGCAGGACUGAAGCCCCUGUCCCCUAUGUGAGACACUUUCACCUGUCAACAGACAGCAGUUGUCUGUUUUGUUGAAAACCCUGGGGGGUAUUUUUUUUAUUAGUUAACAGUAAUACAGUUUAUACCUGUUUGAGCUGGUUAGGACUGCAAGUGCCUUAUUUGUCCAAUAUUUUCAAAAAGGCUUAACAAAUGAGAUCUUGGUGCCUAAUUUGAGUGGGGGGGGGGAAGUAAUUUAGCACUGCCAUUUAACAAAACCGUACCGAUCAAAUAUCUCCAUUAAUAGUUUGUUUACUCUAUGUAUGUCUUAUUGAGGGAUAUUAAGAAAUCAUUUAAGCUUGCGUUCUGAUGGGACUCUUUAUACAACCCUCAAACUUUCACAAUAGUUCUUUUCAAAUGAAAACCGAUUUGCUGGAAGGCACAAGUUAUUGUUACAAGUUACUUUGUUAAUGUGUCUUAUGCCAAUUAAAGCUGCAAUGUGUAACUUUUUUGGUGACCUGAGCAAAUUCACAUAGAAAUGUUAGUUAUAGAGCUGUCAUUCUCAUAGAACAGAUCAUUCAAUGUGCCCUAUUUCUAUGCUUAAUGUUCUUAAGUUUUGUUUUUGUACACCAGCUUCAAACAGCUGAAAAUACUAUAUUUUUGGUUAUUCGAAAGAUAUUUCACAAUUAAGAUGGUACAAUGAUUCUCUACAUUGCUUGUUUUGUCACAAACUGAAAUUAGGCAAAGUAUUUUAAUUUUAGCAACCAGGAAAUUGUGAGUGAUUUCUGUAUAUUGCAUCUUUUUAAAGAAUUUGCUGCUGCCAUUGUAGACAGACAAACAUUACAGAAUGUGAUCACAGUAAUACCAGGGGUACUGCAGGGUGUUCAUGGAAAUAUAAAAAUAUAUAUUUUAUUUCAAUGUUUUUAUCAAUAUUGCGAGCAACAAGAUUAAAUUUAAUUUUAAAUUAGACAUACAAUAUAAGAGGAUAAUACCUUAUUUCUAAUGAUGUGAACUCUAAUUCUCAACUCCUAAUAUUGAGAGCUAAUUGCACUCACAGGACAGUGUUUCUCCUAUAUUCAUUUAGCAGCGGUGUUAGCAGCGGUGGCUCACCGCUGCUAAAUCAUUGCCACCGUUCCAAAAAAUAUGAUUAAACAUUUUCGGGUUGGUAAAAUGUUUUCAGUGUAAACAUAAACAACUAAACCAGAUAUAAAGUAUGUAGAAAUGACAUAAUGGAGCUAUAUAUUUUAAAUAAGACCAUUUAAGAACAACCACCAAAAUAACUAGAUAGUAAGGGAAAAUUCAAAACAUUUCAUGGAAUUAGAUUUGAAGUAACUCCAAUAGCAUAAGAACAUGUUGUAAGCCAUGGCAAAAUGGGUAAAAUUUCAGAUAAUUUGCUUUAAAACUGCACAUUUUCUGUCAGCGGCACAUGUAUAUGCCGGAGUUGGCGUGGGUUUGAAACCUGCCCACUCCCCUUUGACUCACCCGGUCUUUCAAAUUGUACUCUCUCUUCAAUAAAGCAAAAAUUAUGAAAGGAAUGGGAAUGCCACACUCUUUCAACCAAAAAAUCACUUAAACUUAAUUUUCUCUCAGCCCGAUGAUAAAAUGUGUGGAAUUGCAGGAAACUAGCUUUAAAACAGUAAAAUUUUCUCUCCGCUUUCAUGACAAUCAAACAAUACAAAAUUUGUCUCUGCGGCCAAGAGGAGGGCCUCUACAAUUAGCGGUCGGACUCUACCACACCUACCACUACUACUGGCUAAAUAGAUUGAGGAUGCUAACUAAGGCCUUACCUGUGGGUAUAUAGUUGACCCAUAAUUUAAUAUCCAAUACAAGGGAGAUUGGAAGUUCCUCAAAUGUGCCUGUAGUAGUAGUUCCUAUCUAGCGUAUAGACUCACUCAUGGUAUGCUGAAGACAAGAUUAUUAUCUGCCCAGUAAAUUUGAAGAUGUGAAUAAUGUAUCUCCACAUAUGUAGUCCUGCACAUUAAUACAUAUCAAUGUUGGCAAACAAUAAGUAAUAACAUGGUAGUUAAACCUAGCAAAAUAAUCUUAUUGAUUUUUAUACCUUUGUUCUUUGUUACCAAAUCAUACUUUGUAUUGUUGGGUUCAGAGUAUGCUUCUGGGUGUGUCAUUCCUGUUUUGCAAGGGUGGUGACCUAAAAACUAAGACUGUCAUUCUAAAUAAGGAGAGUGAGAAUACAUAAUUCAGAGUUGUGCAGAUGAGAGCAUUUAGCCUGUAACCCUAGAAGCGAAAAGAGGCAGUGAAGCAUACCUAGUCUCAGAGCAUUUUGUGUUAUUCUGUAUGUCAAUCGAGACACAGAUUUAAAAAAAAAAAAAAAAUUUUUUACAUUUAUUUUACUUUUUUUAACCUUUUAAUUUAACUAGGCAAGUCAGUUAA